UGAUUCUCCCCACCCGCAUCUGUAUCAUUGGGGCACUCGAGUUCCUGCUUAUUAUGCAGCUGCUGAAGGGAGUCAUGACUAACUUCCGGAUAGCGCUUGUCCAGCUUCAAGUAUCUGCUGCCAAAACAGAAAAUCUGAAUCGGGCCGCUGGGCUUGUAAAGACUGCAGCUGCACAAGGAGCAAAACUUGUAAUUCUUCCAGAAUGCUUCAAUUCUCCCUACGGCACACAAUAUUUUCCAGAGUAUGCGGAAAAAAUCCCUGGUGAGUCCACCCAGAAGCUCUCUGAAAUUGCAAAGGAAUGCAACCUAUAUCUGAUUGGAGGUUCUAUUCCAGAAGAGGAUGCUGGGAAGUUGUACAACACAUGUACUGUUUUUGGUCCUGAUGGUGCUUUGUUAGCAAAGCACAGAAAGAUUCACCUGUUUGAUAUUGAUGUUCCUGGGAAAAUCCGGUUCCAGGAAUCAGAAACUCUGAGUCCUGGCAAUAGUUUCUCUGUGUUUGACACUCCCUACUGCAAGAUAGGACUUGGGAUCUGCUAUGACAUCCGCUUUGCUGAGCUUGCUCAAAUCUAUGCACAGAAAGGCUGCCAGCUCUUGGUAUAUCCUGGGGCUUUCAAUUUGACAACAGGUCCUGCCCACUGGGAGCUGCUGCAGAGAGGACGAGCUGUUGAUAACCAGGUCUAUGUGGUUGCUGUAUCUCCUGCUAGGGAUGAGAAGGCAUCUUAUGUAGCCUGGGGACACAGCAGUGUAGUCAAUCCAUGGGGGGAAGUCAUAGCCAAAGCCGGCACUGAGGAAACUGUUAUAUAUGCAGAUAUAGACCUAAAGAAGCUUGCAGAAAUUCGUCAACAAAUCCCCAUUUUUUCCCAGAAGCGUUCUGAUCUUUAUACUGUUCAAGCAAAGACUGCAUGACGUGGGAAACCUGUGAACACCAGUUCCAGGAGGUAACAUCAAGGGAAGGCCUUGGCCUCUGGGCACUGCUUGUUGCCUCUCCAGGGCAAUUGGUUGGCCACUCUGCAAAACAAGAUUCUGGGCUGGAUGGAUUACUAACCUGUUAAGGUAUCCUCAUGUAUUACAUUCAUCAACUGAACGCAUGUUCAUGUGUGCAUUGUAAGCACACCCACUGAUGCUGACAUUUUUAAAGCAGCAAAAUUUUAGUUGCAUUACUCUCAUGUAAAAAAAAAAGUCUGUAACCAUCAUUUGGGGUGUAUCUGAUCCCAGCCUCCCUGAUUCCUUAUUUUGUUUGCUGCCGGAACAGGAGCACACACAAAUCAAGUUAUUUGCAUACCAUUACACUGCAGCAUAUGGUUCGUUAUACCCUGUGCUACUAACCAGAAAUACAGUGGUACCUCAGUGUUCACCGGCAAUGGUCAGCGAACACUGAAAACGGCGAACACUGAGGCACCAACGCCAUUUGCGCAUGCGCAAUGCCAUUUGCACACGUGCAAUGCUGUUUGCGUAGCCUUGGAAGUCGGCGGAAACUGAGGCUACCAACGACUUCCGAGUGCAGAAGAUGGCGGUCAGCUAUCAGCGAACACCAAAAUCGGCGAUUACUGAAGGCGCCAAUUACCGAGGUACCACUGUAUGUUCAUGUUGUUGCAGUGUGACUUGACGGAUAAGUGCCUUGGUUCACAGCUUCAUUUCUACCAAUUUGUGCUAUAUAUGAUGGUUCUUUGCAAGGUCUUGUACAGGUCUAAAGUGUAGGCCAGAAAAUGGUACAAAUCUCAUGAUCCAAAUGGUUGCUCUUUGUCACAGUUCUUCCUACACCUUGCUCUUAUACAUCUUGUAUGUUAGUACUCAUCCCACACCAAACUCUUUGCUCUUCCUUCACUGUAAUCUGUUCUCCUCAAUGUUUUUACCUUCAACUCAACAUUUUUUACCUGAGUUCUCUGAAACUUGGAACAGUUUAUACUUGUCACCCAUAAGGUCAUCUGUUUGAAAAUUUAUACUGAUCAAAUAAAUAUUUUCUCUGAA